AUAUAUAUUUUUUGUAUGCCCAGAUGCUUAGAUUAAUUUUAAUAUGACUCAUGUGCUUCUAGUUGCACUUUAUAUGUCAAUUUAUGGAAGGUGUCUUGUAUUAGCUAAUUUCCGUUAUUUUUUGAAUGAGCUUCUAAAUGCAAUUGUGUAAAAAUAUGAUUUGAUCCAAGGUCUUGAUACCACGCUCUUACUCUCACACGACUUUACCUACUAAGUUAGAUUACCCACUACUUUCGGAUUAUUUUGUUGCUGCUGUAGUUGCAUUAUAAAACUAUAAACUCAUUAGAUUUAAACCAAUUUAUUUCAAAAAAUAAAAAAUGAAGAAAAGAAUAAUUGACGUUAACAAAAAGGUAAUGGCACACAUAGCUAGGUGGACUGAUUUUUUCCAUUUUGUUAAAUAAUUUCAAAGGCUGCAAAUUCAAUUAUGGCAUUUUGUUGAUUGAUGAGUGAAAGCUGUUGCUAUAUCUUUGCUUCAACAACCUUCUUUCCCUGAAGUGUAUUUUAUGACUCCUCCUUAUGAGGAGUUUGUUGACUAUCUUUAAAAGCUUCUAGUGAGGCAUGCUGUAACAUUCAUAUAAAAAUCAGAGUUGUGAACUACCAAAAAGCUAUAACAAAAACCUUUGCUUCUUGAUUUUGUUCACCCAACAUUAUUGUGAGCGGUUCUUGACAACAUCCAAUCCCGGAAUCCAGGUACACAGGAUAGUGUGAUCACUGUGCUAACCUUGGUGGCGACGCCGGAGUUUGAAAUUGUACCAGUCGUUGCUAAAUCGCUUCUAAGCAUACAUUCUGGACCUCUUGUGGUAAUUGGGACCAAACCAAAAGCAAAUAUAUACAGCAGUAAUGGUGGCAGUUCUCUGUAAUAAGAGAGUGCUUGUUUGCGCGUUUCCUAUUUUUAAGAUAUUGUUUGUGGUGAUUGCAUUAUGCAUUUGUUCUGGACCAAUAAGUGCAAUUUCAACACCCUUGAGGUUUAACAGAAAGGGGGAAUUCAAGAUUUUGCAAGUAGCAGACAUGCACUAUGCUGAUGGAAAGACCACAGCCUGCAUGGAUGUGUUGCCUAAUCAGGUUGACGGGUGCUCUGAUCUCAACACUACUGCUUUUAUCCAGCGUAUGAUUAAAGCUGAGAAGCCUGAUCUUGUCGUCUUCACUGGUGACAACAUUUUUGGCUUAGAUGCUACUGAUGCAGCUAAAUCCUUGGAUGCUGCAUUUUCUCCAGCUGUGAUGUCCAAUAUCCCUUGGGCUGCUGUUCUUGGAAACCAUGAUCAGGAAUCCACUCUUUCAAGGGAAGGAGUCAUGAAACAUAUAGUCAACAUGAAGAAUACCUUAUCUCUUGUGAAUCCUCCUGAUGCUGGAAUAAUCGAUGGAUUUGGGAACUACAACUUGGAGGUGGCUGGAGUUAGUGGCUCACAAUUCCAUAACAAGUCAGUUCUAAAUCUUUAUUUCCUUGAUAGUGGAGACUACUCGACAGUUCCGUUAAUUCCUGGAUAUGGCUGGAUAAAAGCCUCUCAACAGUCUUGGUUUCUACAUACUUUUAGCAGAUUAAAGAAAGCAUACAUGGACCACCCGAAGCCUCAAAAGGAAUCUGCUCCUGGGCUUGUGUACUUCCACAUUCCAUUGCCUGAAUACGCAAGUUUCGACGCAACAAACUUUACAGGUGUUAAGCAAGAAGGCAUUUCCUCGCCUAGCACAAAUUCAGGCUUCUUUACAGCCAUGCUUGAAGCAGGGAAUGUCAGAGCUGUCUUUACUGGUCAUGAUCACAAAAAUGACUUCUGUGGUAAAUUGUUGGAUAUAAAUCUUUGCUACGCUGGUGGUUUUGGAUACCAUGCCUAUGGGAAGGCUGGUUGGGCUAGAAGGGCAAGAGUGGUGGCGGUAAAAUUGAAAAAGACUAGUAAAGCAGGCUGGGGAGCAGUCAAGUCUAUUAAAACAUGGAAGCGUCUUGAUGAUCAACACCUCACUGCUAUUGAUGCUCAGGUCCUCUAGAGCAAGAGCUAAGUUGUUUCCAAGUUGUCCAAGUAGCUCAAGCCUUCAUAGACUAUGUCUAUAAGUUACAUGGUUUUCCUAAAACCAUAAUAUCUGACAGAGAUAAGAUCUUCAUUAGUAACUUCUGGAAAGAGUUCAUGAGACUGCAAGGAGUCACCCAUCUCCUCUCAACUGCUUAUCAUUCUCAGACAGAAUCAGAUGUAUUGGAAAGAUGUGUGGAGACCUACUUGAGGUGCAUGACUAGUGAAAUACCUCAAGAAUGGGCUAAGUGGCUUUCCUUGGCUGAAUUUUGGUAUAACACUAGCUUCCAUACUGCAAUACUGAAGACUCCCUUUGAAAUACUCUACAAUCAACCUCCCCCAGUCCAUAGGCCCUACCUUACUGAAGCAAGUAGACACAGUGGAUAGAAGUCUGCAACACAAAGAACAAAUGAUACAAUUGCUCAAAGAACACAUGACCAGAGCUCAGAACAGAAUGAAGCAACUGGCUGACUAGCAACAAUUAAUUCACCAUUGGGGACUGGAUUUAUCUAAAACUGCAGCCUUACAUGCAAUUUUCAGUGGAGUUUAGACCCAAUCAUAAGCUUGCUGCUAGGUAUUAUGUCCCUUAUAUGGUGAUUAAGAAGGUGGGACAAGUUGCUUACACAUUGCAACUACCCCCUGACUCCAAGGUGCAUCCCACAUUACAUGUCUCUCAACUUAAGAAACAUUAUGGAAAACCCCCCCCACCUCUAACAACUCCCUUCCUAAGGUCACACCUGAUUAUACUCCUAAAUACCCUUUAACAGUCAUUGAUAAAAGAACGGUUAAAAACCAUAACCAUGCUGUUGUUCAAUGGCUCAUCCACUAGUCUCAUACAGGAAACCAGGCCCUGAAAAUGCUACAUGGGAGGAUGAUGCUAAAAUUGAAGAGCAAUUUCCCACAUUUGAUCCUUGGGGUCAAGGAUCAUCUCAAGGAGGGAGUAUUGAUAUGAUCAUCUACAAUACCUACAAUACAACUACUGGAGUCACCGAGGAGCUGCCAGCUGGGCACAAGGAAGGGGGGAAGAAUAUGGGAAAGAAGGGCAUAUCGUUAGAAUUAGAGAUGAGGUGGCAUAAAUAAGUCAGAAAUAUUGAGAGGUUGUUAUGGAUGUACGGAUGUGAUUACAUCUCCACUUAUACAUAUUUCCAUUUCCUUUUAUGUAAUGCAAGAAUAUAGUAUCCUACAACACUAAAUAUAUGGUAUGGAUUCUCUAUAAUGAGAUCAUGAAAUAUAUUACACAAAAUUCCCUCUCAAUAAAUCUUAUUCUUUCUUAUUCUCUCUCUA